ACGGAGCUAAUGCUUAUAUAUAUAUUUUUGCUUCCUUCGUGUAACUCCAUUUCCAAGGCACCAUUUUUUGUAAGCAAACGUGAUAAUGGGUGUUCUGGAUCAUUUCUCCAACAUCUUCGAUUGCUAUUGUCGCAAAUCCAAGCGCAAGAAACGCAGGCAAUUGCAGACGGUGGAGAUCAGGGUGAAGAUAGAUUGCGAAGGAUGCAAGCAGACGGUGAAGAAGGCGGUGGAGGGAAUGAAGGGUGUGAAGGAUGUGCAGGUGGAUCCCAAAGAACAUAAGGUGACAGUCGUUGGAUACGUGGACCCGGGCAAGGUGGUGUCCCGCAUGGAGCAUCGAACGGGCAAGAAGGCUGAGAUUUGGCCCUACGUGCCAUACAACCUCGUCGAUCACCCGUACGCGCCUGAGGUCUACGACAGGAAGGCCCCAGCUGGGUACGUGCGAAACGUGCAGGACCCGCAACUGGCGUAUCUGACACGUGCGAGCUCCACUGAGGUGUGGUGGACCACAGCUUUCAAUGAGGAGAAUCCCACAGCUUGUACCAUCAUGUGAACAAAUUAAAAAUAGUCGUACUUAUGCAGUGGACUUCUUAGGACCGUAGAUUUCUCAUUCUCCUUCAGAUUGGCCGGUGUGCUGCAAUUCUUCUUCUUCCUCCUCCUUUUUUAUUUUUUUUCUUUGGUUGGGGACUAUGACUUGGUCAUCAUUAGAUCUAAGAAUCAAAGAAUUAAAUCAUCAAAGUAUUUAAUUCUGAUUGUAUAUUUUUAUGAAACUAUUCGUCUAGAUUCAAUAUUUUGUCUGUAAAUUAAGCUCUUUUUUUUUUUUUUUUU